CCUCCCUCUCGUUCUGUCUCUCGCUCACCCUUCUCUCUCUCAGUACUUCUGAAGGGUCAGGUAACAGCAAGCUGCCAGUGCUGGUCUCACACGCUUCCUCUUGAUGCCUGAGUGAUGGCGGGAUGAGAGGCUGGGAGAAUGGAGAGGAAAGUUUGUGUGAUCAAAACAGAUUUUCAUCAGUAUCGUCCAACUAUUAGUGUUCAAGUCAAGCCUCUAGCACAUGAUGUGGGUGUCACUGGCCAGGCCAGCAUGUAUUGCCCAUCGCUAAUUGCCCAGAGGGCAGUUAAGCAUCAACCACAUUGCUGUGGGUCUGGAGUCACAUGUAGGCCAGACCAGGUGAAACCACUUCUGCAUGUGCCAGGCCAGAACAUCAGGAUGAGAGCAAAAGAAGAGGAGCUCCAACAAGCCAUUGCAGAAACAGAGAAGCUCGCUCCACCAAUCCAGGAGCCUGAGCAGAAUACUCUGCUAGCUCAGGAGAAAAGUGCUAAGUUGAGGAACAAAGGCAGAUGUCAAUAUUUGCAGAAAGUUUUGAGGCCCACAACCUCACAGGAGAACCUCUCUGACAUUGAGCAGCGCUGCACGCAGUUGCUGAAGGUGAAACUGCAGCUAGAGGCACAGGUCGCGGAGCUGAACGGGCGCCUGCUGGACCAGGAGAUCUGCGCCGCUCAACUGGGCACCCAGAAAUACAAGCUGGAGGCAGAGUGCUGCAGCCUCAAGGCGGACAUUGAGGAGUUGGAGUCCACGCUCGCCAAAGUGGAGACGGACAAGCAGAGCUCAAAUCAGAAACUGUGGACCCUUACAGAGAAAUUGAACCAGAGAGAUGAUGCAGUAGCUAGGCUUCAGAAGGAUCAGCAACAAUUGGAGAAAUUCAUCAAGAAACUCAAAACUGAUGAAGAUUGUGAAUGGAAGAAAAAUAUUCAACAGAUGAGUUGGCACUUCCUGAAUAGACAAGACAAGCACAGACUAGAAGAUCUACAAGUCGAGGAGGAAAAAAUAAGCCAUUUGACUAAAUCCAACUGGAAGCUACAAGCUCAGAGAGAAAAGUUUGAGUACAAUUUUGAGCAGGAGAAGCAACUGAGGGCAGAGCUAGAGAGGGGAAGGCGAAAGCUUGAAGCAGACCUCAAGAUGACCAUUGAUAGCCUGAACGAAAUGGAGAAAUUGAAGGUUGACCUGGAAGAAGUAAUCAAGAAGAAGGAGCUGGAGAUCAACACAGUGAGCACUAAACUAGAGGAUGAACAGUCAUUAACUGCUACUCUUCAGAGGAAGAUUAAAGAAUACCAGGCUCGCGUAGAGGAGCUAGAAGAGGAACUAGAGGCUGAACGGACCAUGAGAGCUAAGGUAGAGAAGCAACGAGCUGACCUUUCCAGGGAGCUAGAAGAUCUGACUGAUAAAUUGGAGGAAGCAGGUGGAGCAACUGCAUCCCAGAUUGAGAUGAAUAAAAAGAGGGAGUCUGAGCUCCUGCGACUGAGGCGUGAACUUGAGGAGGCAACCCUGCAGUCGGAAUCCACAGCCGCAGCCCUCCGCAAGAAACAUGGGGACACAGUGGUGGAGAUAACCGAGCAGUAUGAGAGCCUGCAAAGGAUACGAUUGAAAACAGAGAAGGAGAAACAAAGCAUGAAACUGGAAUUAGAUAACAUGAGCCUCACCAUCGACAGUCUCCAAAAGGUCAAGGUUUGCAGUGAUGCCCAGAUCCGCAAGCUGGAAGACUUGCUGUCAGAAGCCACCACCAAGAAUGAAGAGUUGCAGCGCUCACUCACUGAGCAGAACCUUAGCAAGACAAGGUUGGCAGCUGAAAAUAAUGACUUGAAUCGCCAGCUGGAGGAGGCGGAGAGUAAAAUAGGUCAACUUAGCAGGUCGAAGAUCAUUUUGACAUCACAGUGUGAAGACUUGAAAAAGCAGGUCGAUGAAGAGUCGAAGUUGAAGAGCACAAUGGCUCUGAGCCUCUCAAGUGCCAAGCAUGACAAUGAGCUGCUAAAGGAACAAGUUGAAGAGGAGCAGGAGAGUAAAUCUGAACUGCAGAGGCUCAUUUCCAAAUUAAACAGUGAGGUCACCCAUUGGCGGACACGCUAUGAGGCUGAUGCUAUUCAGAGGACUGACGAGCUUGAAGAAUCUAAGAAGAAGCUGACUUCACGUUUACAGGAGGCAGAGGAAGCGGUUGAGGCAGCCCAGGCCAAGUGCUCGAGCCUGGAGAAGACCAAGCAGCGACUGCAGGCAGAGUUGGAGGAGCUGAGCAUCGACGUGGAGAAGGCGAAUGCUGCGGGUGUGACCCUGGACAAGAAGCAGCGAAUGAUCGACAAGCAGAUCUCUGACAGUCGUCAGAGGUGUGAGGAGGUCCAGGCUGAGCUGGACUCCUCCCAGAAGGAGUGUCGACAGUACGCUACCGAGCUCUUCAAACUGAAGACCUCCUACGAGGAGCUGAUCGAACAACUGGACUCGCUCAAGCGGGAGAAUAAAACACUGCAAGAGGAGAUUACCGACUUGACAGACCAACUGGGUGAGGGAGGGAAGAGCGUCCACGAGCUGCAGAAGUCCAAGAAGAAACUGGAGAUGGAGAAGGACGAGCUGCAGGCAACACUUGAGGAGUCGGAGGCCGCACUGGAGGCUGAAGAGAGUAAAGUGGUGCGGCUGCAGCUGGAGCUGACCCAAGUGAAGGUCGAGAUUGACCGCCGAGUCCAGGAGAAGGAAGAGGAGUUUGAGGCGACACGGAAAAACCACCAGCGGGCUCUGGAUUCGUUGCAAGCCAGUCUUGAUGCAGAGGUGAAAGGUCGUGGGGAGGCCCUGAGAGUAAAGAAGAAGCUGGAAUGUGACCUGAAUGAGCUGGAGAUCCAACUGGAUCAGGGCAGUAAGAACAACAGCGAGCUGGUGAAACUGCUGAAGAAGAUGCAGCAACAGACAAAGGACAUGCAGACCCAGAUGGAAGAGGACAGCAGGCAGCACGAGGAGCUUCGGGAGCAGUACGGCCUGGUGGAGAGACGCUGUGGGGUGCUGUCGACUGAACUGGAGGAGACCCGCGGUGCCCUAGACCUGACCGACCGUGCUCGCAAAAUCCUGGAGCAAGAGCUGAUGGAGAUGACUGACAAAUACAACGAGGUCAACACCCAGUUUCAAGGAGCGACUGUUGUCAAACGCAAGUUGGAAUCUGACCUGCAGCAAAUUGCAGCAGAGAACGAGGAACUGACGACCGAGUUCAGAGGAGCAGACGAUAAAGCCAAGAAGGCUGUUUCUGAGGUGGUCAGACUAGCUGAGGAGCUGCACCAUGAACAGGAGCACACCCUACACCUGGAGAGAGUAAAGAAGGGCCUGGAGGCACAGAUCAAGGAGCUGAACAUGAAGCUGGAAGAGGCUGAGCAGUUGGCCCUGAAGGGGGGCAAGAAAAUCAUUCAGAAACUGGAAGGCCGGGUGAAAGAAUUGGAAACUGAACUGGACGGGGAGCAGAAACGCCACGGUGAGACAGUGAAGAGCCUGCGGAAGAAUGAGCGGCGGCUGAAGGAGCUAGUCUUCCAGGCCGAGGAGGACCAGAAGAACCAGCAUCGCAUGCAGGAGCUGGUCGAGAGGCUCCAGAACAAGCUGAAGGCCUACAAGAGACAGGUGGAGGAAGCGGAAGAGCAAGCCAACAUGAAUCUGGCAAAGUACCGAAAGACGGUUCAUGAGUUGGACGACGCAGAGGAGCGGGCUGACAUUGCCGAGGCGGCACUGACCAAAAUACGGACCAAGAACCGGGCCAGCUUUGGCAAAGGCUAUUCCUCGGGUUACAAUUCCCCUUUUACCACCUUAGUCAGAUCGCCGAGCUCCACUGGCUCCGAGGGACGAGGUGAGAAACUUCUGAACGACGAGGAGUCCACCUCUCUCAUUCCGACCUACCUUAACUCUCUGAAGAAGCUGAUUGUGGACUGACUCGCAGGAGAAAAGGCCCCAUUUCACACCCAGACUUUUCCUGGGAAAUACCCCACAUGGGGGAAGAAAGGCAGCCACCACUGACCACUGGAGAAACUGCCCACAAACUGACGUGACGUCUUUCCAUUGUUAACUGGACAUCCAGACUGGUAGGAGCAUCAAAUAAACCCAUCUUACCAAGUGACGUUUCAUCAAAGCUGUUUUAGAAAAUGUAUUUUCCACAUGUAAUUGCUUUUGUUCAAUGAGAUGAAAUGCACCCUGGCUUUGCGUUUUGAUUGGGAGCAGUGGGUCAGGAUACUGUUGACACUGUAUUGCAUGAUACCAACAGAUCAGGUGUUCCUCCUUAUCUGCUGAUCGGUGAUGAACUAACUUUGAGUUAAGCCAUUCAAUCUGAUCAGCUCUUCUAAGUUCCAGUUGUGGUUUGCCAUGUUUUGACUCCAUCUUUCAGAGAUUAGUUGUUAGGUUCCUAGGUAGAUUCCUCAGUCACUUUCAAAGUGCCGAUUUGUAUUUCAAAACCACACUGUCAUAAAAAUGUUGUAAUUUUAAACAAUUGCAUUCCUAUAUGUCUGAAAACUGCAUUGUAUUUAUAUAUUUUAUAUAUAUGGUGGACUGCUUGGUUGAAUCUAAGUACAGCUUUAAAUUGGCCUAUAAUUGUGGAUGGAAUUCUCUGCAGCGAGUCCUUAUUUUACUCUAUCCUAUACCUUUUGUAUAAUCAAUGGUGAUUGUGAAUAUAUUAUUGUGCCUUUUAAAAUAUAAUAAACCAAUGUAAUCUUCUUAGAACGGAAUUAUUUUUUGAGGAAGGGAGCAGCAGCUGUUUGUGAAGUAGUAGUUAGGGCUGUGCAUUAUCAUGUAUCUCUGAACGUUAAGUGACUUGUUAGUGUCUUGGUUAACAAGAUCGUGAUGUUUGGGGUACAUACCGAAAGGUAUAGAAGGGAAAAUAUCCUCAUCUUCUGCCAGUGAAUGUUUGUGGAGAUUAGGAGCCUGAAGUCUAGAUUGUGAUCUAUGAUUUUGUGAAAAGGUUGUUAUGAAAUAGGCAGUAACUCUCGGGAAUCGUUGAGGUGAAACAGAGCUCAGUGAUUGAAUUAUGGGCUUCAUUUUAGAUUCCAGCUAAGUUUUGAGGGAGUUGAACUCUCAAUCUCUUGAUAUUAUUAAGAUGGAGAGGUUUAAGAGGAGGUUGGGACUUUUUACUGGAUCGUAGGAGGUUGAGACAGGACCUGUAUAGAGGUUUACAAAAUCACGAGAGGUAUAGAUAAGAUGGGUGAUAGAUGUCUUUUUCACCAGGCAUAUUUUUAAGGUGAGAGGGGAACUUUUUUAAAAACACAGGGUCGUUGGUGUGUGGAUUGAACUUCCAGAGGAAGUAGUAGAUGCAGGCACAGUUAGAAUGAAUAGGAAGUAUUUGGCGGGACAUGGGUCAAGUGCAGACAGGUGGGACUAGUUGAGUUUGAGAUUGUGAUUGGCUGGAUGCUGCAUGGCUGACUUCAUAACAGUGAGCUACAGUUGGCAAUGUGGGUGACAACCCUGAUCAUGCUUGCUCUUACUUUGGUAGAGUUUUGCUGUACAACUUCCAUAGUUUCUCCGGAUAAAUGCAACGCAAUGUCUAGU